GUGUCCCGGCAGCGCGGGGGCAGGGAGGGGGCGGAGUGUCCCGGCAGCCGCCUCUGGCGCGCCCCGGGGGCAUCCGGACUGCGUGGGCUGGGCAGAGCUCGCGGGCUGGUCUGUGCCGGUCCGGUCCGCCCGCCGGCGGAACGGGCCCGCCCUAUCCGUACGUGCCGGUGGCUGUGCCGCAGCAAGCCGGGCCUCCCGGCCGGGGAGCCGACGGGCGUGGCUAAAGUGUGCCGUAUGCUGAGGAGACGUUGGAAAAUAAAUCCCAGUUCCAUGCUUGCUGCUCGGAGGUGGCGCCUCCUGCCCUGUUGUGGUCGCCCUUCGUCCCUCGUUCUUCUCGGAUUUCCGCGUUCCGUUCGUUGUGGCUUGGUGCCUCUGGUGCCACAGAGGGAAGAAAUGACACUGAAACUUCUGCACCUUCAGACAAGAUCUUUCCACGCUUUGACAACGAUAUGCCAAUGCCAAAGCUUUAGCAAAACUGGAUGUCUACUAUUAAAGCGGGAUAAUGAAGUUGAAAGAACAGCUCACAGAACAGCAAAGUCUUGGAAUUUGUAUACACUGAAACCUGCGUUCCCUUGGUUGACAAGUCAAUGUGUGCAAGUCAGGAAUUGGCAUUUUCUCCAAGGAUUUCUGUCCACUCUGGAAAGAAAUGUUUAUUAUCAGAGUGGGGAGGGGUUUUUCUCAUCCUGGAGACGUUUGGGUGUGACGAUGAUGGAAAACUACAGGCUCUAUACAGAGUGGAUCAAAAAGCUAAGGAACACAUCAUCAAGAUUUUAUGGAGUUGUAUCAGCUGGUAAAAUUGUCCCCAAACCCGGUAACCAGCCAGUUAAGAGGCCACCAAAGGCACCAAGGACCAAGCAGCCAUCCAGAACGAACCUGCCAUUCUCAGAUAUAGAGAAUCUGAUGCAGUGCACAGCCUUUGCAACAGCAGAUGAAUAUCAUCUUGGUAAUCUGUGUCAUGACCUGACUUCACAUGGAUAUGUUGAAAUAACAAGUUUGCCUAGAGAUGCUGCAAAUGUUUUGGUGGUCAGUACUGAGAAAUGUGCAAAAGAAGAUGAUCCUGGCAUGAUUUUUUUCUUUAGGGAAGGGGCUGUUGUAUUUUGGAAUGUGGAAGAGAAAAGUAUGAAGAAUAUCAUGCGAGUGCUAGAGCAGCAUGAAAUUCAGCCAUACGAAGUUGCACUGGUCCACUGGGAGAAUGAAGAGCUGAACUAUAGAAUAGGAGAAGGUCAGUCAAAGCUCCAUAAAGGACAAAUCUUGUUAAAUUCUGAGCUGGAUAGUGAUGAAGUUGUUCUGCAGAAAUUUGCCUUUUCAAAUGCUCUUUGUCUUUCUGUAAAGCUGGCUAUUUGGGAAUCGUUACUGGAUAACUUUGUGGAAUCUAUCCAGUCAAUUCCUGAGAUUCUAAAGUCACGAAGGAAGGUAAAACUCUCUCAUGCAGAUGUGAUGCAGAAAAUUGGAGAACUCUUUGCACUAAGACACCGUAUAAAUCUGAGCUCAGACCUGCUAAUAACACCGGACUUCUACUGGGAUAGAGAAAAACUGGAAGAGCUUUAUGACAAGACUUGCCAGUUUCUCAACAUUAAUCGCAGAGUUAAGGUAAUGAAUGAAAAGCUCCAGCACUGCAUGGAGCUGACAGACCUGAUGCGGAAUCACCUGAAUGAGAAGCACGCGCUGCGCCUUGAGUGGAUGAUAGUAAUACUGAUCACCAUAGAGGUUCUGUUUGAACUUGCAAGAGUAGUUUUCUGAUGACAGAACAAACUCAGGAAGAAGAAAACAAAAAACAAUAGAGAAUACAAGACUUGGAAAAUUCCAAUCACAUGCUUCUGGAGAAUCAUGAAACUGUGUCUCUUGAUAAAUCUCUAAAUCUUCUACUCAAAUAAAAAAAUCUAAAAAUCA